CGAGCAAUAUUUCUAAGGCAUCUAUGAGCAAAUACUAGUAACUUAUAAGUAUCUCCUACUCUUAGCGACUACGUUUCACAACCCUUAAGUAAAGCAGAACGAAAUGCUGUUCAGUAUACUCGUCCAUUAGUUGACAAACGAAUAUUUUGCCUUCUUAAUAGGUGGCAUACCCGCUAUGAACUUCCGUUGUCGAACCUGUAUUGGAUCUAGCAAUGUAACUCAAAUAACCCUAAGGUCGUUACUCACAGAGCUUAGGUGAAGCGUUACGAACUAACCAUCAACCUUUGAAUAUACUCACGGUGAAUGCAGUUCCAUAGUAGCUAGUUUAGUGUGUAUAGGUAUGAUUACCAUUCCAAUGUUCGUAGUGAAUAGGUUUUCUUAUUUUGGGGAUGACCAUCUAUGAAAGUUUUGAAGUCUUGGUGAGAUACUUUCUCACUAGUCAAAGCACCAGAUUUUAAACUGACGGACUAGAGACUCAAAUCUUUUAAGAUAACUAACAUUUCUAUUUCCCAUAAAAUGGGCGGUCUAAAAGUCUAGUGCCUGUAAACGUGAUUGCUUUGACUUAAAGCGGCUACAAAACAAUGACAUAUGUAUUACAUUGUAUAUUUUAUUAGGCGGAAAUCGUAAAUUUGUAAAAGCUUAGUAUGUAUAUAUAUAUAUAUAUAUUACUGUGACUUUCAUAUGAUAGUUUCUAACUAAAAUUUUCUGUCUCGGUAAUCGUUGAUAUCCAAUAAUGAGAGUUUAUGAAUGACAUUUUCAUCACACAUUUUAGUAAAAUUUCAAACGUCACCAGUUAAAAACGCUUAAAAGAUAUCUUUAGUGAAUUAGUGCACUAUUUUUACUGGUUAUUUCGCAAUAUGGUGUGAAUUUUUCAGUAAAAACCACCAUACCACGCACUUGAAUUUUAUCUGUCUUUUGUUCAUCUAAAUUUUAGAAGAUUAGUGUUUGGUCAUGGAAAUUGUCUUUCGUGAUAUCAGAUUAUUUUUUGACUCCAACGAUUAGUCCCAGUAAAGAUAAGACUCAGAACUCAUUGGUGAUAGCAAUCUUUUAUAUUAGACUUGUUGUGGUAGAGCAUUCUUAUCAAACUCGCAUCUUAUAGCUCACAUGACAACACAUACCUCUGAUAGACCUUAUUCCUGUUCAGUACAAGGUUGUUCAUAUCAAGCCCGUACAGCUGGUCGACUUGCACAACACAAAAUUAUUCACGGUCAAGGUCGUCGUUUUUCUUGUGACUAUUGUGAAUACAGCGCGACCACAUCUUCUAAUCUUCGUCGUCAUGCUCGUAUACACGCUGGGGCUAGGCCAUAUUUGUGCCCUCAUUGUCCUCACCGUACUAGCGAACUAGAUGCUUUAAAAAAGCAUGUUCUAGACUCUGGUAGGCAUCCGGGUCUACCUCUUUAUGUGUGUCCGUGGUGUCGAUCGGAGUCCAGCACAGUCUGCGUUGGUUUUAAUGCUUCAAGUCUCGCGUGGCGACAUCUGCUCAGUGAGCAUUCAAGUGAGAUUAUGAAGCCAGAAACACUGAGUCGAAUCGGUCGAGUAUCUGAAAAAUCGCUUUCGGAGCGUGAUGUCACUCGUCUUUUGGGUAUAUAUUGUCCAGAAAUCGAUUCAACCCAACCACCAGAGAACAUUGCUGUUAGGCAACCAUCUGUUACUAGCCGCCGUAAAAACCAAAAGAUAGAAACUCUCGGUAGACCACAUCUUUCUGGAGAAAAUGAAUUAGCGAUUAUAGAAGCCAAAGAGUCGAAUUCAGCGGAAAAUAUAAACCCCGUUGAGGAGGAUAAGAUUAGAUCUUCCCCAAUCCCUUUAAAUAAUCAGAAAAAUGACGCUAAUGAUGAUCUAUUAUUUUACAAUCUCAUCCAAAUUGGUUCAGGGGCGAUUUGGUCACGUAAUACGACACAGUAUAUUGUAAAUAAUUUAUAAUAUGGAAUUUAAAUGAUAUCAUAGUUUUUUUUAUUUUUCUCACUGGACCAGAUUUAUAUGUAAUAUCAAUCUUGCUCGA